AUGUACUUUCAUGUUUUGGCUGAUUCCUCAGAGGCUUUUGUAAUAUUCAUUAUGUCAUAUGACCGAUAUGUUGCAAUAUGUGAUCCUUUACACUAUAGCAAUAUUUUUAAUAGGAAACAUUGUCUCUUAUUGGCAUCAGGCACUUGGAUAUCAGGAUGCUUAAAUUCACUUGUGAUUAUAAUCCCAGCAUCACACAUGUCCUUCUGUCAGUCUCACACCAUACACCAGUUUUCCUGUGAUGCUAAAGCUCUGCUUAACAUCGCCUGUGCUGGCAGUAAAGAUGUUCAUAUUGUAAUCUAUGCAGAGUUAUUAAUAUAUGCAGUUUUCCCAUUCAUGUUCUGUUUGGCAUCUUAUGUAAAAAUAAUCAGAGUCAUCUUGCAGAUAAAAUCUAAGGAUGGAAGAAAUAAAGCCUUCUCCACCUGCUCAUCCCACCUCACCAUUGUCAUUAUGUACUUUAUGACAGGUUUGUUUGUGUACAUGAUGCCACCAUCAGAAAACUCUGAUGUCCUAGAACCAGUGUUUAGUGUACUGUACUCAGUUGUAACACCCACGAUAAAUCCUCUUAUCUACAGUCUACGGAAUAAAGAUGUGAAAAGUGCUCUGCUGAGACUACUGGGGGGAAACAAAGUAUUAAACAGUGAUGGAGAAUUUCGGGAAAUGGUUUAA